GGCAUGCCCUGUAGAAUUUGUUCUACUUACCUGUACUGUAGUUCUCGAGAGGUGUCAUUCUGAUGUUGAGGGUUUCUCUCUCUAGAAGGAGCUGCUACCGCAUUCCAAUUCAUGGGUCUUGCUCCCUAAAGCGAUCAUGUUGCUGAAAAGCACCACCUACAUCAUCUAGAUUGCGAGACGACGUAUCUUCUAUAGGCAAACGAGCGCUAGAAAAUUCGGUUUCUUCUGGUGAGAUGAGACUCUGUAAAACUACGAGUGCGAACCGAGCAGACAAGGACAACUGAUGUCGUUCAUCCUCGCGUCAAGUUGAGAGAUAGACACUUCUUCUAGGGAAACGGCGUCUGGUGAAUGAUCCAGAUCUUUUCAAAGCCUUGGUGAAGUUGAUGUACACCCUUGUUUCGUUCAUGCCAAACAGAGACGGAAAAUAGAUCCACGCUGUGUUAGACGAAGAUUGAUUUUCCUGCCUCCCCGUCAGAUGAACGCCCACGACCCGAAACUCAUACUUACAAUUGAUCUAUGAUAGAUGAAACUGAUUUCUCUUUCGAAGUUGUUGUAGCUAUUUCUACCUAAACCUAGAACGAAGUGCAUUUACGAGUUGUCCCAAGAACAAACAUCAUACAUGUACUAGCAAAGACUAAGACAAAGUAGAACUACAUCAUUCUCAUCAAAAAAAUGUUGGUCGGUAAUCGAAGCUUCGACGAUGGAGAGGAGAUGGACUCUGUUGUGACGUCGUCAUCACAACAUGAGGUACUUCUGGAAGUUUUUUUUUCUGUAUUAAUUUUCAACAUUGCCUCGCCGAUCUUGAGGUUGUAGUUGUACUGCUGCAAGAAGAUUGAUUUUAGAAGAAGUAAAAACUACUAGAGUAUCUAAGUAUGCUCUUCCUUGCUGAAAAAUUGAGUGCAAUAAAUAUCACAGUGGACGCGUUUUUCAAUGGGUUCCACUCUCCACACCAAUCUCACUUCAUCUCCUCAAAAACAGAUCCUCACAUCUGCUUGCCACGUGGACGUGCGCCAUGGAUUCGUCAGAAAGGUUUUUGGCUUAGUCGCUUGCCAGCUCGCGCUUACUGCGCUCAUCGCAGCUCCCUUCGUUGUCUUCUACGACUCUGUCGCACCUGCACUUAUCCAGUAUCAAGGGCUGGUUGCUUUUGUCAUGGUCUUCCCGUUACUCCUCACUUGCGUGGCCAUGUGCCGACCUCACCUAUUGCGGGAGUACCCAAGUAACUAUGGAUUUUUGGCUGCGAUGACUGUGAGCAUGGGAGUGCUAGUAGGAUUUGCAUGCAUGCGGUACGAAGCAUGGUCAAUACUAGGUGUUGCCGGUUUGACAGCAGGAAUAGUGGCAGGAUUAGGAGCAUUCGCGAUGCAAACAAAAUACGACUUUACAGGAAUGGCGCCAUACUUGUUUGCCUGCUUGUUGGUACUGCUUUUAUACCUAUUAAGUACAUAGAUACAUAGAUACAUGGGCAUGUUGUUGAUCCAUUAUUUAUCGACAAUAAAAAGUUCCUUUGUUUGGAGUGACUCGUCUAGUACACAAGAUAUUUAACAACUGUAACUGUAUAAUCUGUAGUACAUCUUCGACAUUCUCAUUUUCAAGAACAUUCUAGUACUUACUUACUGUCUUCGCUGUCACAACAUCAACUUUAACCCGCCAUCCACAACAUCUCCAUGCAGUGCCUGAUCGUGACUAGCUUCGUCCUUGCGCUGUUUCCGAUAUCGCAGCCGGUAAUGAUGGUCUAUUCCGGAUUGGGCUCUCUCCUUUUCUGCUUCUACAUCAUCUAUGACAUCCAAAUGAUAGUGGACGGGAAGCACCAUGCCUACAGAUUCGCAAUAGACGAGUACGUUUAUGCGGCAUUGCAUUUGUAUCUGGACAUAAUCAACCUCUUUCUCCAUCUUUUGCGCAUGUUUGGGGAGAGAAGGUGAAAUUGGAGGAUGGGGAUGGCAGAACGUGAUUGUGAGGUUUUGGUACUUCCAGGGAAUCAACAAUCAAGAAAGAAAAUGGAAAUGUAAAUGACGUCUAGGUACUUGUUGAGAAACUAUAAGAAUGAAACGUGUAUGUUUUAUUCGUGGAGGACAGCAGGAAGAAAUUUAUCCUAGAUCAUAUUUCUGCCGCCUGCUAGUACUACUACGUUCCGCGCACGGGCUGCAUCGUCCUUUUUCUUCAGUGUUCCUGCC